CUGCUCCGACACCCGACUGCCUCACGUAGACGGAAGCGCUCUCAUUGACCUUAUAUAUGCUUACAGGACAUGUCACACAGCGUCCAUGACACAACCCUAACGACGUGCUCAGACAGUGUCAACGUCGAACACGAGGAGUGUUCCCAAAGACGUCUGCGUCAUAUAACUUCAAUUCAAGUUCGGAAUUUAACACCUUUUCCCGUUCGAGAUGCAUUUGCUUCUGCUCUCGCUCGACCUGCUGAAUACUCCCAAUUCACGCCUCUGGGAAACCUCUCUGAUGACCUUGAUAUAACCCUUUCUCGACAACGCUCGCGGCGGAUCUCCGCAAAUUCUGUCAAUACCCUUCGAAGUGCGCGCAUAGAUGAUCAUGCUUCAAUAUUGGACGAUGGUGACGGGAGAGGUCGUCGGAGAACCCACUCCAAAGUCAGUUUCUCAGGAGGAGGGAGCGCGGAGCCCACGCAAAGGAGCAACGCCAUCUCCCGCACCAUUUCAACUAGUGCUACUGCACCUACGAUAAAACUCAGUAAUCGGGCGCGCACCAGCUCCAUGGUCUCGUCCCUCAGUGCAUCUACGGCCAACGCCCUCUCCUCGACCUCGAAUACGCAGGCGCCUUCGACCUUGACUACCGUUUCAUCUUCGUCAUUAUUCUUCGACUAUUCGCAGAGGACAUUGGAGAAAGUUGUUCAAUCCCGCCUCGUGGAAACAUUCAUUUCAAUUACUGUUCCGGACCCUCCGGAUGUAUUACCGUUUCCGUCCCCAAUACAACGAACCCGUGCUGAAAGUGCUCCACGCGCACGCUCCUCCACUUCCAAUGACUUUGUCUCUCCUAAUCCGGUGGCCGGUGUGCGCAAAGCUUCCAAAAUGUUACGUCCGAACAGUACGGAGGCACCCAAGGCUGCAUCAUUAUCCCGACCGGAACAUUCCCGCUCUUCUACCUCCCUCAGAAAAGGUACAAUGCCAGCCAGGACAGCAGGAGCGUCCCUGGCACCACGAGUGGUUCCUAAAACACAUAAGUCCUCGGCUUCUGUCCCACACAACCCCACAACGAGCCAGCUACCAUCGCCUCCAGCUUCCCCAGCAUCUCCAGAACCACCUCCGCUUCGCACCGUGCCAAACUACAUAUCACCUAUCCACCAACCCUCGACGAACCCUUCUUUCGUGAUUGACGCACGGUCAGAAUUUGAGUUUGCUCCAUGGACGGAUUUAAGUUCCGAUACGAUGAAGAUUGAGCUCAUGGCGAAGACUUGUCGGCUCGGUGGAGCUCCACUUGAUGGUAAAGGAAAACAGAAGGAGAUGUUGGUGACUGAUCCUACUAGAGCAGGACCCGAGUGGACUGUACUAGAACAAUGGAAUGUCACCCCGGCAGACCUUGUUCCUCUGACACCUGAGUUGGAGGCUCAUCCCUCACGCCUCCCGUCUAAUACCCUUUUCAUAUCAUUUUCCACUUGCCCACAAACCUUCUACUUGCCCGCUCGUUCAGUUUCGAGGGUACAAUCACACUCACGCUCUCCUUCUCCUACCUACGCCUCUGAACCAGAGACAGAAAUUCGGAAAUUCGGACAGUCUGCCGACCAGGCUACACCAACGCAUUUCCAUCUCACCCGGACGCCAUCUGAGCAGCCUACCAGAUCGCGCAGAUCACGCAGGGCAGAUGCCAGAACUGCGAGUUCGCAGGAUUUACUGCAGCUCGUUACGCUCUGGUCAUGCAUCGUUGACCACGAGGAGUCGCUUGCGAAGGUGAUCCGGCAAAUAGACACAACAUUGAACAAUGAUGUUGUUGCGAUAUUGAAUCGGGAGGCUUCGGAACGUGAAGUGCGUGUCGAAGAUCGACAAUCUGAAGCGAAAGAGAUCUUGGGACGGGCUAGUCUCUUACGCGAAGAUAUUGCUUCUCGGCGGAAGAAGAUAAAACAACGGAGAGAUAUGCUUGCGACUGCCGGGUUGAUGCAUGCCGAAGAGCAUGUUAACCUCCAGCAGACUGCUGUGGAGGUUUCUGAGCAGAAGCGGUGUCUUGACGCCCUUCGGAAGCGUCUUCCAGUUAUACGAACAGCCUUGAUCUCGACCCUGUCAAAAAUAUAUCCUAUCGAGCUGCUUUCUUCCUCAGAGCUGCUAUUCACAAUCCUCGCCGUUCCGUUGCCCAUCCCGUUGGACACCACCGAGCCUGCCCCACCAUUGUCGCUGGCCUCCCAUAAGGAAGUGACUGAAGAUGCAGUAGCCACUGCCUUAGGUUUUGCUGCACAGCUUGUGCAGCUCCUUGCCAUCUAUAUGGGCAAAGGACUCACGUAUCCUAUCACCUGUAUAGGGAGUCGGAGUCUGAUCAGAGAUAACAUCUCCGCUAUGGUUGGUCCAAGAAUGUUUCCUCUAUUCUCGAAGGGCGUUGACACAUAUCGAUUUGAGUAUGGAGUGUUCCUGCUCAACAAGGAUAUUGAAAUGCUCAUGGCAGAUCGCGAUUUACGAGCGCUGGAUAUGCGGCACACGCUACCUAAUUUGAAAAACUUGCUCCUGACACUUACUGAUGGUGAAUGCGCGAGCAUUCACAACUCUCGAGUAUUUGAUUCAUCAGCUUCUUCUGGUCUCGCAACACCGCCACCUACACGCCCACUGCCUCCUGCACUAGUGCUCACGCCAGACAGUCCGAAAGCUGACCGUAGUCAGCGUGAGUUGCCUGGAGAGGUAGAGGCCGAGAGCACCACUCCACCCGAGAGCGGCUCAACGACGCCUACGGCAACUGCACCAUUUACCGAAGGUGGUACCUUCUCUCGGUAUUCGAAACUAUCAAUUGGUUUCCCGCCCCUGCCGGGCUUUUUACGUUCGCGGAACGCUUCUGCUAGCGGUCGGGUGUCGGUGAAAUUGGACCCUGAAACCGGUGAGGAAGCACAAGAUGGGGUCCAGGGUGCGAUGUCAGGGUUAUCGGGUCCGAAUUUAAGGAUGGGGGAGGAUGAAGAGGAUCGGCGGACUAUCCGAGGUGUUGUGGUUGAUUGUGAGGAGGGUAAGGGUGUUGAGGCAGCGGAAGUGAGUGUUAGUGAAGGCACUGAAGGGGCAAAGGAGCCGAUGGAGAAAAUUGUGGAUGAUGCUUCUGCCGCUGCACCUUGCACUGUUGUUGCGCGUGCUUCGUGAUGGCUUAAUGGAGGGAAGCGGAGAUGAUGUGCGACGUGUUAUAUGAAUUGCGACAUAUCUUAAUGAAGGCGAGCUUUUGCAGGACACUUUUUGAUCGAUCUUGUUUUGCUAAGCGCGCUGUUUUCCAAAGGUGAGUUGUCGGACGCUGGUCCGAGGUCCGCAAAGCGACCGCGGGCGGUAAGGAAGACGAGCUUCUGUGCAACGGCAGAGGGAGACUAGUAGCCGCAGCCGGCGUACUUUACAUUGAGAUAACGUUGAGUCGAUCGUCGUGAAGGGUCCACUGACUAGCACAAUGGAAGCUGGGCCCUUGUUGGAUGAGACUGAACAUAUGUUUUGAAUUAAUUACAGAGGAUGCUCUACCAGUUGUCUACUAGGUCUAACAAGGCUCUGGUACUAUGAAUGAAUACAUUUAAC